CAGAAACAGGUACAUUAACUUCCUGUAUUAGUGGAUUGUGAACGAGUAUUCUUUUUCAGAAACAAAACAGUCUGGACAAUGUGACAGUCUCCAUGUGAUCAUAGACGCCAGGGUUUGUUUUAUGAGAUUAAAACAAAGCAAAUGUGACUCCUAAUUUCUUGUGACAAGUUCACAAUUUGCUGUUUAACACUAUUGCACCAGUACGGCAGUCUGUAAUAACUUUGAGACACGAGUCUAUAUACCAGGCCAACGAAAAGGAAUGAAAUCAAUAACGUGGGUAUGACUUUGUUGCGUGUGUCAAGUUCGCGAGCUGCUGUACGACUUUAUUGAACCAACACAGAUCAUUACGGGUGGGAACUGUACAAUUUCCUGCGUUGACAAGGUAGGCGGGGUAUUGGUGACAGAGACGAUCGCCUUUCUGUUUUGAGUGCUAAUUUUCCGACUUCACACUUCUUGUCAUUCUUCACAGUCUCCAGUUGGUAGUCUCGCUGCCGCUGUUUAGACUCCAAGGGGGCAGCUAAACAAAGUCAACCCGGGAAUUAGUGACAAGAGAACUUUUGCUACGUGAGAUCGUUAUUUAAGGAGGAGCUUCGCGCGGAUUGAUGACUCCACCGCGGUUGGCGGAUGGAUGAAAGGCGCGCGAAAAGAAGGGACCAACAAUUAUUUAGUCAUCGCGAUUACUCGAUGAAUGUGAUCUUCACUUCAUCGUCUACUCUGCCGAUCGCGUCUUAGCUUGCGUCUCCGAAGGCUCGGAUUGCUUCGCAUUAUGACUUCAUAACUGUGAUAUUUUAAGGAAAGUGACAAAUAAACAAUCACUAUUGUUCAACCAGAUUAUGACGAAUGUCUUGUAAACUGCCAAUCAUUGUUUUUUUUUCUUCAAAGGCAUGAUUAGAAUGCGACAGUUUUUAGACAGCUAACUUCACUAAUAUCUUCAGCAUCUUGGAACCCUACAGCUCUCUUGGCGGUUCCCACUGUUCCUGAAAAUUGCACAUCACUCUUGGAUUAUAACGAGAAGAAACAAGGACGUCUUUUUAAGGACCUUAGUAGCUCUAUGUUGUCAAUUAUGUGUCAAAUUACCUUUGGAGGAAAAUGGACUUAACAUUUAUCGGGUCAUCAUGAGCUGAUGUAAGCGGAGUAAUUGUGUUUUGGCUUGUCCGAAAUUUGCCUGGCGCUUCAUCGAAUUUCCUGUCCUCACAUUCUACGAAAACCCCUGUGGAGAGCUGUGUACAAGUCAAUCCAUAUUUCCAAUUCAAGACAUCAGAAGUUUAUUUUCGUUCUUAUUGUGUAAGGAGAUUUAGCAGCUAAAGAAUGUAAAUGCAUUUUCAUUGUGUAUUUGAAUCCCACGCAUUGAUUGACGGAUGUAAUAUUUUUCAGUGACGGAUGUUAUUAUUUUCAAUGAGCAUAACAUUUAGAAACUUCAGGGAUUUCUUGUAAAAACGCAUCUUAAAAAAUGGAGAACAAUAGUCGAAGUGUCGACGGUGAUUUGGAUGACCUCGUCGUCAAAAUGGACGACGAAGGCGAGUUCAAUGCAGAUCGCGACGUCGAAAAGGAUGGCUACGACGACCUCGAUAACGAUGGCGCCGUCGAUGACGCCGACGAGACAGCGCCUGGAUCAACCCCGAUCAGUACUAUCAGCACAAGACGAGAGAUAAACCAACACGACCACGACUGCAUACCGGUGGAGAAAAUUGAAAAUUACACGGACAUGGUCUUCGCGCUUUGUUUGACAGCUUUGAUAUUUCCAUUAGCGACCUCAACGAACCAUUAUGAAGUAGCAGAGGAUUUAAGAGACAUCCUUGCCCAAGAGUUCGCAAACAUCGUGGUUUACGCUGGUUCGUACAUCAUGCUACUAUCGGUAUGGCAACAACAUUGCUGGGUUUUUGCCGGCUUCGAACAGAUAGGGGACACAAUCUCUAUCUUGAAUGUGGUGUUUCUUUUGUGUGUCAGUUCACUGCCGUACUUCGCAUCCUUUAUGGCAUCUCAUCGGAGCACCCCACUCUCUAUGCAGCUUUUUGCGUUCAGUCUCAUGCUCAUUGGGCUCACAAUGGCAGUGAUUGUAGCUUUCGCAUACAGGAAGAAGAAGAUGUUAAUUCGCGAGUUUCGUCAGAGAAGAUAUAAACCUUCGCUUGUGGAGUAUUUGUUAGCCUUUGGUAUUCACUCGUUAUUUUCAGCAUUAGCAGUGGCGGUUUCUCGUCAGAGUGUUCUCGCGUCGUACAUCUUUCUUUUAUUUGUGAUAUUUGCUGGAUCGAGUUCGGCGCUCUGCAUGGCCCUUUAUAAGUACUUGUUCGUUGGUUCUAAGCAGCAUCGUAAGUUAUGGAAGCAGUUCUGGGCUCGGCUCUCAGCCCGACCCCUCCCGAAGACAAGAAUAAUAGCUCUUAUGGAUGGUGUCUUCGCAGUCGUUGGAAUGCUCAUAAUGCUAAAUUUAAUAGGCGAAAUGGCGCCGCAUCACAAACUGGAUGCAUCAAGGAGCUCUCGACCCCUCGACUCUAGGCUCAAAGUCAUCCUGUUUCAGGAAAGAGAAGUUCUCUUGGCCCACGGGGCGGCCUUUGUGUCUACAGGAAUGAUGUGGUACAUACACACCAUGAUUUCUAAUCAAGUCGAAACGAUAAGUAGAUAUAUGAGGAUUGCUUUGCAAUUGAUGAUGAUUAGUCUUGGUCUGACGCCAUACAGCUUUAGGCUUCUCAUCAGAUAUUCAAGAUCAGCAAGAGAAGAGAAAUCAUUACGUGAGAAUGAGGAUACUACAAUUAUGUUUCAUUGUGGCCUUUUGAUUUGUGCUUCGGGAAUGCAACUAAUCUAUUGGAUUUCCGCCCAUUGGAGAAGACACAAGCAUCGCGUUCAUCAGAUCCUAGGGGUACAUCAUGUGAAAUCUUUGACCCUGUUGCUUGUCUUCCCUAUACUCAACUUGACGCUGUUUCUUAUGGUAUUAAAACCAGGAACGGUUACUUCCAUGACAGUAUGGCGGGUUCAGUCUGGUUCGGUGCUUAUUUUCCUGGCUGUAAAAAUGGUGUUCGAAAUUUACACUUAUGUUUCAAGACGAUCUCCACCACCCAAGUAUGAAUCGCAAACCACAAGGGAUGAGGAUCUCGUUAAACUUGAAAGCAAGACAUGCACCUGUGACCGCGCCGCCAUCAAGAAAGCCAAGAAGAGCAUCAAAGACGGGACACGAACUUCUGGCAUCGCUGUAAUAUUCCAAGAUAACCAUGACAACGGUGAAGCGUAAGAAUGACGUCAUCGCGACGGAUUGGGAUCUCCCCUUGUCUUGUCAGCGAGAGCAGUGAACUGGAAGACAAUACGUGUUAACACUUAGCAUACCAGGAAGAAUGGAGCUGUAUUAUGUGUAUAAACAAUGUGCGAUCAACGGAUUUUUCAAAGCGUUUCACUCACUACUGAUGAUACAGCUCUUUUAUAGCGCAUGUCACAUUAUCAUCUGAAGUAUUAUGUGCUUUCAAAGGUAUCUUACUUUGUAUCAUCACCCUGGCUUUAGCCUUUUACAGCGCACAAACAAACCGAGGAAUUGAUUCCCGUUAGGUAGAUAUUCAUCUCACCUGGGUUGAGUGCAGCACAAUGUGAGACAAUUUCUUGCCUAAGGAAUUUCGAGAAAAACCAAUGACAUCGUAAUCAUGAAUAUUGAAAACAAUGCAGCACAUCAAACGUCACUGUGUGACUUUGAGUACGGUUUUGAUCUCAAACGGAUGGAAAGUGGUAGUUACUGUGACGUCAUGAAGGAAAUGGUGGUGCAAGGGAAAGGAGAAAGAUAAACUAUGGAGGAUUGACGGCUUGUUUACAUCUUCUUCAAAGGACUGACUGAUCACCAAUGCCAGACCCACAGACACUUGAAAUGCCCAAUGUCAUUCAGAAUCGGAGUCACUUUAAAAAAAUAUUUAAGAGAUCUAUAAAAAAACUUUAGAUACUUAAAUAGCUACAUAGUUGAAUUCAUCACUAUGUAGCAAUAUGAAUAAACUUCAAUUUUGGUAGCAUGGCUCCGUCAACAAGUUGAUACCAAUUGAAAGUUGAGGCACUGUCCUGUUGAAAUUUGCGAACACUACACGAUUUCUUGUCGAGGCCUUGGCGUCUGACUGUAAGCGAGUUAGGCCUGGCGCAUUCACUUAUUUAUCCAUUCAUUCAUACACACAUAUUCAUUCCUUUAUUCAUUCGUUCAUUUAUUUAUUCAUUCAUUUAUUUAUUCAUCCACCCUUUUAUCCAUCCAUUCAUCCCUCCAUGCAUUCAUUAAUUUAUUCAUUCGUUCUUUCAGUUAUUUGUUUAUUCGUUCAUCGCUUGAUUGAUUGAUUGACUCAUUCAUUCAUUGAUUCAGUCAUUCAUACAUUCGUUUCAUUCAUUCGUCCGUUCGUUCAUUCAUUCUCAUUCAUUCAAUUAUUUUUUUAAAUAUUUUAUUUGUUCAUCGCUUGAUUGAUUGAUUCAUUCAUUCAUUCAUUCAUUCAUACAUUCAUUUCAUUCAUUCAUACGUUCAUUUAUUCAUUCAUCCAUCCAUCCAUCCACCAAUCCAUCCACCUUCCCCAUCCAUUCAUUCAUCCUUCCAUUUAUGCAUUCUUUCAUUAGUUCAUAAUAUAUAAUUAUUUAUCUACCAUUUCACAAACUUUCAUUUUAUUUUUUUCAUACAUUCAUACAUAGAUAAUUUGUCGUGAAAGUAUAUAUAUACCAUGUUUGUCUACAGAAGAAACCUAAGUCCCUAAAACAAGUUUGGCUGAAUACGCCUGCGACACAUGAGGCGUUCGCCGCCUUUAUGAAAGAACUAAUUGUGCUGUACAUAUUUAUCUGAUUUAGAACUUAAUUCUAACUAUUUUUUCAUUUAGUAAAAAUCAUAGAUGUGCCAUUAGAUGACAUUAUCAGGAUAUUGUAUUCUUACAACCAAAGAGACAUAUAUGCAUAUUUUUCCUUAAAAGUAGAAUGUCGAUUUUGUUUUAAUUCCUUUUAAGAACAAUUUAUUUGUAGUUGAGAAUUAUUGUAAUAUAUAAUGAUCCAUACCUCAUGUUUUUCAUGUAAAAAACUUGGAAAUGUAUUGAUUUUUGUUUCCAGUCGUUCUUGUAACACAAAUUGUCAUAAAAAAUGUCUAUUUUAUUUUCCUGUGUGUCCGAUCAAAAAACAAAUCGUAAAUGAUUCCUGGGAGUUUUAAAGCGAUUUCUAAUCAUCAUGUCAUUAUAAUAUGUUCGGGGAUUGUGAUCAGAAUUUCUGAAAAUUAGCAAUACAAAAGUAAGAAACCGGUCCGUGAUUUCAAAAUUAAUACAAACACUGUCACCCCACAUUAUUUGUACUACUUUUUUUUUCUCUUUUAGCACCUUUUCACUAAAUGAAAUGUUCCAAUUUGCAUCAUUAUCAAAUAAUUCUCUUUCUGCAAAUCAUAAGUUUUUUUUCAUUCAGAAUAUAAUUUCUUGUCAAUCAUUUGAAAAAAUGAUCAUGUAUUGUGAAGUAAAUAAAUUUCUUGAUUGUCAAUAA